AUGGAAGCUCCGUCUAACCUCGGAGUACCUCAGAUCACGCGAACAGAGCGUGGAGAGCUGAAGUUGGCAUUUCGUGGACCCGUUUACACUCAGGACAAGAAGAACUCCAUUGGCACCUCACAUUUCUGGCGUUGUGAGUCCAAAGACGAAUGCAGAGCCCGGCUGCACACGGCUGUGGGGACAGACGAGGCUGUGAAAGUCGUCGGGGAACACAACGAUCCAGCCGAUGCUGCAUUUGUUGAAGCCGCUGCAGGCAACUCCGAGGUCGAGCGUCGGGCGCUCUCGACUCAAGAAGCUCCUUCCCAGCUGCUCAAUAACCUGGCGGCGAGCCGUUCUUUUGCCGGCAAGGGAUGUCUUCCGAAGCCCGAUUCUAUCAAACGCAGAAUCAACAGAUUACGAGGCGUGAGCUCCCUAGCACCCGCAUAUCCGAGUGACCGAGCUUCUAUAGUUGUACCCGAGGCCUACACCAUGUACCAGUGCGAGCCAGGAGCUCCAGAACGCUUUCUCCUUGGCGACUCUGGCGUCGGGUAUGAAGAGCGAGUUCUGAUCUUCGGUCGAGAAACGGCUGCCGAGUGGGUGGGCUACGUACAGCGAAUUUACGUCGAUGGAACUUUCAGUCUAGCCCCGGGAAAAUUCGAGCAGUUGUUCGUGAUCCGUUCGCUGAUUGUGUAG